AUGGCUACUAAUAAUCCAACCACCUUCUCUUCAUCCCCUCUCCCUCUCCUUCUCACACUAAUCUUUAUAAUCCCGGCCGCGCUUGCUGCCCCUGGAGGUGGCAAGUGGGACCUCCUUCUCUCAAACAUCGGCGUCUCUGCCAUGCACAUGCAGCUUCUCAACAACGAUCGUGUCAUCAUAUUCGACCGCACGGAUUUCGGAGCAUCCAACAUUUCCCUUCCGAAUAACCGGUGCCGCAACAAUCCACGAGACCUAACCCUAAAGAUCGACUGCACAGCCCACUCGGUUGAGUAUGAUGUCUCCUCCAACUCCAUUCGUCCCUUAUAUGUUUUCACGGAUGUAUGGUGCUCGUCCGGUGGUGCAAUGCCCGACGGCUCGUUAAUGCAAACCGGAGGAUUCAAUGAUGGUGAACGCAACGUGAGAGUUAUCACACCGUGCUCGGACAAUUCUUGUGAUUGGCAAGAGUUCGAUAGUGUACUUAGACAAAGGAGGUGGUAUGCCUCCAAUCACAUUUUGCCGGAUGGAAGGCAAAUAAUCGUCGGCGGUCGUAGGCAAUUCACUUAUGAAUUCUACCCCAAAAGAGUCGGGGCCGACGAGUCGUAUAAUCUGCCAUUCCUUUCGCAAACUAACGAUCCAAGGUCCGAGAACAAUUUGUACCCAUUUGUUUUCUUGAAUGUGGAUGGUAAUUUAUUCAUCUUCGUCAACAAUCGAGCGAUCUUGUUUGAUUACGCAAAUAGUGUGGUCGUGAAAAACUACCCGACCAUUCCGGGUGGGGAUCCGAGGAACUACCCGAGUUCGGGCUCUGCUGUUUUGCUUCCACUCAGGGUAUUCGAAAGAGGUGCUAAUAUCACGGCCGAAGUUUUAGUGUGUGGUGGUGCACCGAGGGGAUCUUUUACUAGUGCGAAUAACGGAAGUUUCGUUGCAGCGCUAAAUACUUGUGGGAGGAUCAAAAUAACUGAUUCGAAUCCGCAAUGGGUUGUGGAACGAAUGCCGUUGGCUCGAGUCAUGGGUGAUAUGGUGUUACUACCAAAUGGCAAUGUCCUCAUCGUUAACGGAGCUGCUUCUGGCACGUCCGGAUGGGAUUCGGCCCGUAACCCAGUAUUAACACCCGUUAUAUACAGACCUAAUAAUCCAUCGAGGUUAAGAUUCGAAACUCAAAACUCGAGUUCUAUACCUCGCAUGUACCACUCAACUGCAGUUCUUGUUCGAGAUGGGCGCGUCCUAGUCAGCGGAAGCAAUCCCCAUGCGUAUUAUAAUUUUACGGGCGUGCGCUUCCCCACGGAUCUAACGAUGGAAGCGUUUUCACCGGAUUAUUUAGAUCGACGGUUUGCCCGUGUACGCCCUAGAAUCAUUUCUCCGGCUUCUCAUUCUAAACUAGGAUACGGACAACAACUCGUUAUAACUUUUACCGCUCAAGCCAGAUUAAACAAUGAUUUCGUCACGGUAACAAUGGUGGCGCCCCCAUUCGCGACACACUCGUUUUCGAUGAAUCAAAGACUAUUGGUUCUUAACAAUGGAAACAAUAGUAGUGGCAUUGUGACGUCUCUCGGCAGAUCAAGUUAUCGAAUUCAGGUCACGACACCGGGUUCAAGUAUUAUUGCACCUCCCGGGUACUAUCUUCUAUUUGUGGUUUAUAGGGAGGUUCCUAGCCAGGGCAUUUGGGUUCAAAUCAAGUAG